GCAGAGAAAACAGUACACUUAUAUUCUGACUGAGAGCAGGGUUGACCAAUAUUUUUUUUACCUAUCUUGUGUAAACAGAGACAGUCCAAGCAGUAAAAACAAAUACUGUUAUUAGCACCAGACAACUGUCAGGAUGAAGAAGCGGUCGACUAACCUUCGAGUGAGAUUACCCGUUUUCCUGUUUGUAUCCCAGGUGAUUUUUGUUGCCAUUUACUUUGGCUUUGUGACCUACGACGAGCAUGCUGAUGCCCGUUUUCAGACCAAUCAGACAAAUCCAAUGCACAAUGCCAUGUACAAGGACUACCCCUUCUUCACAGAUAUACAGGUCAUGAUUUUCCUCGGCUUUGGAUGUUUGCUGGCAUUUUUCCGACUCUACGGCUUCGGUGGGAUGGUUUUGAACUUUCUGACUGCUACCUUUGCCAUCCAGUGGGCCAUCCUGGUCCAGGGCUACUUCCAGUUCUAUCAUAACGGGAAGAUCCACUUUGGAGUUGUGAACCUCAUAAAUGCAGAAUUUGCUUGUGCGGUCGUCCUCAUCUCUUUCGGAGCGGUGCUGGGGAAGACCAGCCCACUCCAGCUGCUGGCCAUGACUCUGUUGGAGGUGCCUGUGUUUGCGGUCACAGAGUGGAUCGUUCUGAAGUAUCUGAAGAUCAAUGACGCAGGAGGGUCUAUUCUCAUCCAUCUCUUUGCCUGUUAUUUUGGACUGGGUGUGACGUUUGUGCUGUACAGGUCAGGUUUAACAGAGGGUCAUGUUAAGGAGAACACCAGCUACCACUCAGACAUCUUGUCUGUGAUGGGCACUUUGUUCCUCUGGGUGUUCUGGCCCUCAUUCAACUCCGCACUGACCCUUAAAGGGGAUGACCAGCACAGAGCCAUCCUGCACACCUUUAUUGGCCUCAGCGCCUCCACACUGACUGCAUUCGCUCUGUCUGCAAUGCUGAACAAAAAAGGAAAGCUCACCAUGGCAGAUAUUCAGAACGUGACCCUGGCUGGGGGAGUAACAGUUGGGGCGUCUGUGGAUAUGAUGAUAUCACCUGCAGCUGCGUAUGUGCUGGGUAUGAUGGGCUGCACUGCCUGCAUGCUGGGCUACAAGUACCUGAGCCCAUUCUUAGCACAACGCUGCAGGAUCCAGGAUCAGUGUGGGAUACACAAUCUGCACGGACUAACAGGACUUAUAUCAUGCGCAGCAGGGAUAUGUGCUAUUCUGAUGGCCGAUGAGGAAGUUUACGGCCCAAGUUUGUAUGAGAUCUUUGCUCACAGAGCACCAGUGGAGGGGGACCCGAAACUGCAAGAACUGCAGAUGCUGAUUCCAGGUUUAAAACCGGGAUUGGGAAGGACUGCAAGGGAGCAGGCUCUCUUCCAGGUUGCAGCUCUAUUCUCCACGAUAGGACUGUCGGCACUGGGGGGCAUUCUGACAGGUUAUGUGUUGAAGCUGCCUUACCUUGCAGCUCCUCCGGAUGAUCUCUGCUUUGAUGAUGUGGUGUUUUUUGACGUUCCCCCAGAUUAUGAUGCAUCAUUUAAACUCAGCUACCAAAUGACUGCAGAGGAGUCUCCAGAUGUGCAGCACCAAAGAGUUGUCAUCCAAUUAAUGGACAAUAACAUGGAAAAUAAAUGUGCCUGACUUGGUCUUUUGAACUGACUGAAGGUGUGUGUAUCUCACUAUUAAAUACAUGUUUAUAUUCAUUACACUCUAGAAUUCUUGUUAGCAUUUAUAUUUUUGCAAUACUUUUCAGUAACUUUGUUGAUAUAAUUCAUGCUCCACAAAAACAGAGCUGUCAGCUGCUACCUGCAAAAUGUAAUUGUAUUAUCAUACACUAAAAUUAAUAAAGUACUGAAUACUA